GUUACUGAGACACAAUCUAUUCCUGUAUAGUUAAAUGAGCCCCUAGUUAAUAAGACUAGACACUACUGUUUAUUGUUAUUUAUGGGCCGCAUCAUUCUUGUUUCUCACUUCAGUCACUUCACUUAUCUUCACAGAUGGUGUUAAAGCACUCCGAACCAGUGAUAGUGGUCCAAAGCCACUGCUCCUGUGUUGCAGGAAGUGCUCUGUUCAAUCAUCUGGUGGCCCUUCUUUACCAGACAGCGCACUACUCUCAGCUAAACAUUCCUGCUGCACCACCAGUUCACAGCUGCACAGACACAGAACAGCGUUGGCACAAGCCAAGAACACUUGGUGUGAAACCAGGUCCGGUUGAUGGGAUAGAGUUCCGUAAACCUACUAACUCGUGUGCUGAUGGAAUAAGAAGUUCUCUCUACAAAACACUCAAUGGAUACAUGCCUGACAUGGACCUUCUCCGCCUCCCAGAAACGUAUGCCAACUUUUCUCCACUUACUGCCCCGCUUGUGACAACAAUGGAAAUGUCAGCUGACGUGCCCCUGGUUGAGUCUGCCUUUGGGCCAGUGCAAGCCGGCAGUGUUCUGUCCUAUCAGCUUCCACAGCCAAAGACCCGUGAAAUUGUGAAGAUUGCCGAUGCCACUUCUCCACCAAUACUUCCAUUAGAUGGCUACAGGCUUCAGGCUUCCCAGUGUGCUUACGUCCUUAGCCAUCAGGAGCAGUUCCACCUCAAGGCAUUAGAGACAACCUACGAGAUGUCACACAAAGUCGAGGUUGCUACAAGGGAGCAGAGCAGCAUCCCGGAAUGGCAUCAGCUCAGGAAAAUGAGAAUUACAUCCUCUCGUUUCCGAGAGGUUUGCCAUGUCCGGGGAUAG